CCAACUACAUCUACAACUGAGCCAACAACAACCACACCUCUGACAACCACAAUGUCUAACCCACCAAUUAUAACUUCAACUGUACCAACAACCACACCUCUACCCACCAUGUCUAACCCACCAACUACAACUACAACUGAAUCAACAACCACCACAUCUCUUUUCACCACAUCUAACCCACCAACUACAGCUACAACUGAACCAACAACAACCACACCUCUGUCCACCACAACGUCUAACCCAACAACAACCACACCUGUCCCUACAACUACAAGUGCCCCACCAUCCACAACUACAGCCGUACCAGCAACAACCACACUUGUAUCCAUCAACACUACCCAGGCAACCACAAGUACAACUGUACAAACAACCACAACUGUCCCCAUCAGAACAAGUUCUUCAUCAACAACAAUUGUACCAUCAACAACCAUCCCUGUGUCUACCUCUACAACAACUACCCUACCACCUACAACUACAAUUGUUCCAGCAAGAAACACACCUGAGUCCACCACCACAACAACAUCUACCCCACGAACCACGACUACAACUGUCCCCACCACUACAACAACUCCACCAACUGCAAGUACCACUGUGCCAACAACAAUCACACCUUCCGCCAUCACAAUAUCUCCCUCAACAAAUCCAACUAUACCAACAACAUUCACACUUGUCCUUACAACUACAACUAACCCACCAACCACAAAUUCAACUGUACCAACAAUAACCACACCUGAAUCCACCACCACAAAAACUACCCCACUAAUUACUACUACAAUUGUACUGACAACAACCACACCUGUAUCCACUACAUCAGUAACUAGCUCACCAACCACAACUACAACAACAACCACACCUGAAUCCACCACCACAGCAACAACUGUACUAACAAAAUCCACCCCUGAAUCCACCACCAUAUCAACAACUAGAUUACCAACCACAAGUACAACUGUACCAACAGAAGGCACCUCUGAAACCACCACCCCAUCAACAACUUCCCCACCAACCAAAACUACCACUUUUCCAUUAAAAACCACACCUGUCCCCACAAGUGAAACAACUACCCCACCCACAACAAUCACAACUAUUCCCAUCACUACAACAACCACUCCUUCUACUACCACUGUGCAGACGCAAAAAACAACCCUAGCCUCUUCUGUAAUACCUGUUUCAAUUCCUGUAAAAGUCACUGACACAGUACCUAAUGCUGUCACAACUAUUUCACUUGCAACAAAUUCUACAAGCAUCAUCUCCACUCCAGCUUCUUCUCCCACCUCUUCAAAUUCAUCCACAUCAAUCUUCACUACUCUUGCCACUGCUACAGUAACCAGUACUGCAGAUCUCAACACCACAGUUAAUUCCAGCAAAACAGAGAGGUCAGUGAUGGCUGGACUAAGACUGGAGUUCAACACCACAAACCAAACUCUCAGUGCAACUGCGAUAGUCAAACAAUUCACUGCCUUCCUG